CUGUUAUCGAUAGGCACUGUUAUCGGCAGCAUGAGGAGCUUUAUUUGUUGCUGCACAAAAAACUAAAUUUUCCCAUAAACGAGCAGGAUUAAAAUCCAACAGGAUGGCCGACAACGCCAACAGUGACGACGAGUUCCAGGACGCGAUCGGAGAGGAGAUCACAGAGAAGGAGGCCACCAGCACGCGGCUGAGCGAGAAGGAUGUGGACGAGAUCGUGGAGAAGCAGAGCCAGCUGGCGUUGGAUGACGAAGCGGAACAGGGAGCGGCGGGCGGAGAUUGUGUAGUGACACCACCGACAGUGGACUCCGAGAUAUCUAUCGAGGAGCUGCGCGAACGGGAGAAGGAACUAAGCCCCGAGCAGCUGGCAGCGAACAAGGAGAAGGCCGACAAACUGAAGCUGGAGGGUAACGAGCUUUUUAAGAACGACGAUCCCGAAGGCGCCGCCAGGACAUACACAGAAGCCCUGGGCAUCUGCCCCUCCGACAGCACAAAGGAACGAGCGGUGCUCUACGGAAACAGGGCGGCUGCCAAGAUAAAGCUGGAGGCCAACAAAGCGGCCAUCGACGACUGCACAAAGGCCAUCGAACUGUGGCCGGAGUAUGUGAGAGUGCUCCUGAGGCGGGCCAAACUCUACGAGCAGGACGACAAACCCGAUGAGGCCUUGGAGGACUAUAAAAAGGUGGCUGAGAUUGAUCCUGGACAGCAGGAGGCACGCGAGGCUCAAAUUCGCCUGCCGCCCAUUAUUAACGAGCGCAAUGAGAAGCUCAAGAACGAGAUGAUGUCAAGCCUGAAGGAUCUGGGCAAUAUGAUACUCAAGCCGUUCGGACUGUCCACACAGAAUUUCCAAAUGCAACAGGAUCCCAACACGGGCUCGUAUUCCAUAAACUUUAACCAAAAACCCAGCUAGUUAAAAGUUUUGCCUAAAAAGAAAUAAAGCUGUUUUCGAGGAUAUUGUAAAAAUAACAGUUUAGCCCUAGCAAGACGUGACCAAGUCACAGUUUUCGUACAUUUUACACCUCCAUCAAUAGAAAAUAUACGCAUUUUAAUCACUAUCAGGUUACUAAAAAGUUGCGCUUAAGAUAAUCUGAAAAUAUAUAAUUUUUCUCAGA